UAACCCCCCCCCCCCAACAACAACAAUGGCAGAGACUACUACAAAAUUUAUCUUUAAAAAACGAUCAAAUAGACCUGAGGGAGGAAUCCGCAAGAGAAAAGCGAGAAGUGAUAAUAGUAAGCAGGAGAUUAUAUGGACUACUGCAGAAUACACUACCUGAAAGAUCAUGCUGGUUAUUGUAGUAGUGAAGAUGAUACAAAAGUAAUCAAGAAGGAGAAAAAAGUGGAUAUGAGAAACCCUCUGGUUCAGAGAAGUAAGAAUAGAGGCAGGGUACAUGAAGACGAUAACACUUCAAGUGAUGACAGUGAUGAUAUAAGUGCUGCAUACAAGUCUCAGCGCACAUGUGAACGAGAAGGACCAAAAGACAUGGGGGCUACUUCAACGGUGCAGUUUGAAACAGAAAAAGAUAGGGAUGCUCAAGCUAUUUAUGAAAGAACACUUCAAGUCAAUAAGGAAACUAGAGGGCAAGCAGAUGAUAAAAUCUACCGUGGCUUAAAUAACUACGCUCAGUUUUAUGAAAAGAAAGAUACAGCUCAGGGCAAUGCUGCAAGUGGUGGUGUUCGCAAAGGCCCCAUUCGAGCACCUGACCAUCUGAGAGCAACUGUAAGAUGGGACUACCAGCCAGAUCUUUGCAAAGAUUUUAAGGAGACUGGUUUCUGUGGCUUUGGAGAUAGCUGCAAGUUCUUACAUGACCGGACAGAUUACAAGUUAGGAUGGCAGCUCGAGCUAGAAUCCAGCAAGCAAAGAGGAGGAGACUGUGAUUCUGAUGAAAACUGGGAGAUCCCAAGUGAUGAUGAACAUCUCCCGUUCAAGUGUUUCAUCUGCAGACAGUCGUUCUCAGAUCCAGUUGUUACUAAAUGCAAACAUUAUUUUUGUGAAAAAUGUGCCCUUGACCACUUCAAAACAACAAAACGUUGCUAUGUAUGUAGUGAAAAUACAGGUGGAAUGUUUAACCCUGCUACUGAGCUUAUAGCUAGAUUGCAAAAUGAAAAAGUGUGUGACAGUGAUUAAAUUUUGUUUAAAAUCUUAUUAAUUGAUGUAAAAUAUGAUUGUAGAAUUUCUGAAGUAGGUCUAAUUUUUAUUUUA